AGGAUGCGGUUCAGGGUGGGGGAGGGUCAAUAGAUGGAAACGAUGAGAACAUCCUCUAUGAUGUCAAAGGGAUUUCUACAGGCUGAUUUCUGGGGGGAGAUGACAGUAACUGAUGCAACAACAAUAAAACUGUCGGAAGCCUUUGUUGAUUUAUAGUUUGUUAGAGGUAAAGCAUAUCUGUUGACGUCCAAUUAUGUGGUUGAAAGUUUAUCAAAUUGUUGUAAAGUACUUAGUAAGGGAGGAGGGAAAUAACAUCUUUACAUUUACUGUAUUAAUUUGUAAUAACGUUUUAUGCCUGUGAGUUUUUUCAGAGAAAAAGUCAUGGGUAUAUCUGCCAACUUCAUUUUUCAAAUUUGUGCCCUGCCUUGAGACUGCAUCAUAUUUUACAGUCACAUUAAGCGCAUUGAGGCCUCACUUUGUAUUAUUGUAUUUGUUUAAUAAUGUACCUUUUUAAACAUUUUCUUUCCUUUGUGAUUUUUCUUAUUGGUCAGUGUUUCAAAAGGAUACUCCUCUCCAAACAUCAGUUCAGUGGGCUAUACAAAACACUUGUGUAAGGGGUUACAUAACAGCUCAGUUGCCUCCUACUGUUGUGGAGUGGAUUUAGGUGCUCCUUAUCUGUCACACCAGUGAUAAUAUUAAGGGUCCAAAAUGGUCACAUUUAGCCUAUACCCCCUUGGAAUCAUCAGAAUAAUUGUUAUACCAUUCAGUAAAAAAUAUGGGCUGGAUUACGAAAGGAAAGUAUCAAGUAAACAAACAGAAAACAAAUAAACCCAAUAAGUGAAUUCACAUAAUUGAGAAAAGAUCGUUUGAUUUUUCAUAAGUAGGCAAGAUUCACAUUCAUAUGAGACUGAGUCAUACUCCCAAGAAUGCCGAUAGUAAAAAGAGGCAUCAAGAACACAGGAAAAAUUAUUCUGGCUGCUCAAUUCACUAUUGUAACACACAUUUUUUAUUAGAUUUACUCUAACACACUGUCAUCAAUGUUCAUAAUGUGAGAAUUGUACACAUACAUGCCUAUACAUAUAUGUUUUGUCAUUUAUUAUGUUUUCAAUUAAUCAAUAAUGCACAAUUGUUUUCCACAGUCUACAAGAUGUUGUAGGCUUGUAUUUUUGAGUGUUUACAGCUGAGCAAAGACAGCAAAGUUUACCGGAAUAUACAAAAACUCGUAGUUUUUGCACACACCUGCCAAUUUUAAAGCUGAUUCUGCAGGUAGAUAAUAAAGAUAACGCUUAAGUAGCAAACACCCCCACAGUCCUGCGUUAGGUGCUGGAGAAUUAUUGUUCCUGUACAAAAUAAAAAAAAACCCAACACAUUAAAAAAUUGUCCUUUUACUCAUUAAACAUACAAUAUUUUCUCCCGACAACUAUCAAUGUAAAUGUGUAAUGGGCACAGUCUAAGGAGUACAGCGCAUGUUAAAUCCAGAUCGCCGAGGACAGAAAUAGCAGAGACUAGAGGAAUCACAGUCGUGAACGCGCAUGGAGCGCGCUCGCCGUGCCCCUGUGAAAGCGGGAGUGAAGCCCCGCAGUGUGUGGAGGCGGAGCUCGGGUUUAGUGAUGGGAAGGGAGGGGGGCUCGUGGGGGAGGCGGAGUCUCGGCAGUCCUGGCAGGGCCGCCAUUUUUGCAAAGGGAAAAGAGACUGGUUUGAGGGGAUCUAAUUUCUAAAAGUCGCCGUUGACCAGGGCAGUUUUAACGGUUACGAAUUAAUUUGUGGUCUAAUUUGGGCCAUCGCGUGACAGAAUAGGACAAAUAUUUUCUACGAGAGAGUACUCCUUAGAGGACACGAUUAAAUACAAACAUUUUAAAGCUUUGCUAGGGAUCCGCAGUGUGUGGACAGAAGUAUUGUUUUGGUUGUGGAAGCAGUGUGGAAAGCGACGGGGGUCUUGCCCAGGUCCCCGUAUUCGCUAUUCAGAUCCUCCAGAGUGGACAUAAAACGGUAGGUAACUUUCAUUAAUAAGUAGUUAUUGGGUGAGCACAAAUCCGACCUGGAAGGCUAUUGUUGGCUUUAGUUAGCUGGCUAGGCACAUCAUGCUGAUGCUGGCUAAUGUAGUUGUGGUAUCAGCUGAGGUUAGCUUGCUAGCUCAUCAACACCGUUAGUUCAAGAUAAAUAUAUGUGAAUCCACUUUUGUUUUAAAUUGCCUCAAUCGAGACUUAAAACAGCAAACUAGAUGACGUAAUUUCCAAUGUAAGUGUCAGGUUGGCAAGCGUAACGCCAAGAGACCGAUGCUAGCUUAGCGCAUGCUAAUAGCUCAAAUUAGCUGGUCUGAUCGAACAGUACUCUGACUUUUCGUUCAUCAUUUGGCAAAGAAGUGGACCUCACACAAAGUUAUUGUUUACAUAUCAUCUAUAUAGCGCGAGUAAGAGAAUCCCGAGCUCAAAUGGGGGAAUGGGCAAUGCAAAAACGCUGCAAUUCGAUUAAUGUCUGCCCUACAGUCGGACAACAGCGAAGAUUGCCAGCAUUGAACUUGUCCUUAAAAACAAGCCAUAAUAAUAUCCCUCGCAUGUGGACUCUAUUAAAGCAGAGCCACUGGGGGACUUACUCGAUGUUUAGUUUGACACAGUGACACUGCGGGCCAUACUGCGCACAGUCUUAGUAUAAAUAAUGUGACCUCUUAAUAUAACGCUCCCCGCUCUAUUUCAAAGCUUUUAAUUUACUUUACAUAAGCUAAGGUCCUUGCAACUGCAGCUGUCAGCAAACGUGCCUGUUCCCCUUUCUACAUCUUCUGUUUGCAGAAUCUAAUCAGCCAGCAGGAAAACAGUAGAUCUAGCGUUAGUAACAAACUUGAUUUUGUCAUGAUGGCUCUCAUCCCGAUCACACACAGCACGGGACGUUAUUUCCGUUCAACAAAAUAUUGUUCAAAGCCAGAUAUGAGAAAGAUUUUACAGGCAUGUAAACACACAUGUAUGGUGUGUUGAAGGGCCAUCUGUUAAUUUGUUUCUAAUGUUUAGUUAAAUUGCGCAGUGAUCCCAAAAGCGUCCGACCUUUUGAGAAAUGAUGUUCAGAUAAGCUGUGAUUAAGAACAGAUCCAGUGUCAAAGAAGGAACUGGCCAUUGCCGUUUUCCUGUAAUCGGACAUAAAAGUACACUUCACGAUCACUUAAUUUAGAUGCAGGGUGUAAUAGGUUCAAAUGCAGCAACCGUGGGGGAGGGGAUGUUCCAUUUCCAGUCAUACAGUUUGUAACUCCAUCUCGAUCCUCGACCAUACUGAACAGAGCCGACGCAAUUGGUUGUUACGUCUGACCUGUGAAAUAUCGCUUUGUGGAUGUACUAUGGCUUUGAUAUGCCUCAAGUAGUCACCCCUCGGCGCUAAAAGAGCCAUCCUUUUCUGUUACGAAUCGAGUAAAAAUCCCCUUCUAUCUAGAGUUAGCUCGCCCUGCUAGCUCAAAGACACUACGCAUUAUGCUGUUGUGUUAGCAGCCGUUGGUAACCGUUAGCUUUGUGCGUUAUUUUCAACGGUCAUUUUUGUAACACUCGUCCUAUCGGCUACUCGAUGUAACGCUGUUUCAACUGUAACGUCGUUCGGCCUCGCUUAACGGUCGAAAAUUCGAAUGUAAGGCGGCUCGAGCGUCGAAUUUUUCACUGCUCCGAAUGCCUUUACAUUUAGCCGACUACAUUUCCAGAGGCCAUAAUUGCUAGCCGGUUAGCUUACUGGCUUUGCUUUCGACGAAUUCACAAAAAAUCCUCAUGGUAACAACACAGAGACUGUACCGACAGCGUGAUACUUAAGGAAGGGUGUAUGAAAGAGGCGAUUGAAUGCUUUCUUGGGGAUUUUCCUCCCAUGGCGAGGCUCCCCUGGCCACACGGUUGUCUCGCUGUCCUGAGAAAAGCGCUUUGAAAAUGGCGACAGCACCAGGGUGUUGUGGUAACAUAAUAGCAACGUUGUACCCUCCACACCCCUAUCGGCAGGACUGACUGCAGCGCCGACAUACUCACUGGGAAGCAACUGCACAACACAUGAUUUUUAUUUUAGAAAAUGUUUGGAACAACUAAACGUCAACGAAUUAAGAACAUUUCUCGCUUAUGACUUAGCUUUUGGGCUUGUCAUAGUGUCAGUCACAGGUAUCGUUUGGCGUUUUCCCAAAACGAGCAGCGUAGUAUCCUGUAACAUGCGUCACGGCUUAUGCUAUUGCUUGUGUUUCGUGUUGUAAUGUUUGAUGUGGGGACAUGGGAUUAAAUAUGACGAUAAUUAGACGUGACUUCUAACAAUUACUACAAAGACAAAGAUAGUUUGCUGUAAUUGAUUGCACUCCGCUACAAAGAGGUACAAAACCACAACUCCUUGUCAUAACACAUCAAUCUUUUAUUCAGUUUUGCUCAUCUGCUUCACAUCACCUCCCUGAAACCACCAUGUUUGCCCCAUGUUUUUUGUAAAAUUGAUGCACUCUGCAUUAAAAUGAACAUGCAGACCUGACAAUGGUUUAGAUAGUAGGGGUCAUGUUUAAUAUUUUGCACUAUUUUAUUGGUUAAAGGAUGCUGCAAUACUUUUAGGGAGAAUGUGUUAGAUUGCUUUCUCUAGAUAAGAUCCACAAAACAACUCAGUUUAUAUCUAUCUUAAGUUUUAUGACAAACUGCUUGGGAUGACCAGCAUAUGUUUUCAUCUGAUUAUUGUAUUACCCUGGGUAAUACCAUAUAUUACAGCCUGAAGCUGCAAAGCCCAAUUUCAAGUACUUAAAAGACACAUACUGUGUUUCACCUUAGCCCUCUUUCAUAGCCACAAUACAAUCCUGCAUCGCUGCACAUUUGUUUAACUGUGGGCUUUAUUUUACUGACUGUAUUGAAGUAACAAUAAAGCUAAACUUUUUAUCAUUGUACCACCCAUUAUUAAAUAUCCAGUGUGAUUAAACUGGGGACACAAAUCAGAGCUAGUUUUCAGGAUAGUAUUUUAAAGCAUUUCACAAAUUCCUGUGAUGGUGUGGCACAGCUGUCCCAUUCUCUUUCCCACCCUGUGGGAUAAACUUUGGCAUAGUCAGCUCAUACGCUGGAGUGUCUUUGAACAUUGCCAAGUAGCAUUUUUCCCCUCUUACCUCCUGAUGAUUUGUCAGUUUGGGAGGGAAAAUGAAAUUUCAAAGCUGCAAACUGAAUGCUUGACACAGGCACUGCAACCAUACCAGUAAAAAAAGGCCAGUUUCACCUCUUAUCCCUGUUAAUUUUAAAAACGUCUCUCUGGUCUGUAUAGCUUUUGUCCAUCGAGGGCCAGUGUAAUUAAGCUCAGCUGCCUUUGGUUACAGCAGUGAGAAGCAAAGGGGCUUUCUCUUUUGUGGAGGGUCUGUAUCUACCAGAGUAGCACGAGAGUGCUUAAUCACCUUCUGCUUCAUAAUGCACAAAAUCCCCAGCCAUCUUGUUCUUCUUUGUAAAGGAGCAGCGGUCUCUGUUCUGGCUAAUACUCCCUUUUUUCCCCUCUGUCUCCAAGAGAACGAAGCUGAUAGCAUUAAAUACCUGACUGGCUGUGGCGUGCGCCUGGUUGCCUUGUGCAGGAAAGUGUGUGUUUGCUCGCUGUGUUGACAGAGAUGGUGACGGAAGGUGAACUACCACUCCCCCUCUGCCAUAGGGACAGAGUACUCACUCUGGCAGGGAGUCAUAACAGUCUCGGAUGACACACCUUUCUUCUCACCCUAGACAAACUCUAACACGCACAUAUGAUCAAAUAGCUCCUUGCUGGACACAAAACUUUUGUAUUUUUCAGCAUGUGUCAGCAUAGACAGGCUAUAAGAGAAGUCAAGCAGAUGCACAGGAUGUCUUUAAGUGUAUUGACAUAUUGACAAGGCAGAUAAAGGCCACAGCCUUUCUCUCUGACUCCUGUAUGUGAAAGAGCACUCCUUGUUAUUGUACUUUCCCUUGUCUCCAGACAUUACACCUGCAUCCCUGAAACAGUGGCACCUCUGUGUAGGUGAGGCACACACUUCACCAUGUGGGGUUAAACUGCUGCCAGGUCUCCAGUGAUCUCACUUGUGUGGUGCCCAGACCCACAGAGACCCACAGAUAAAGCCAUCCAACUCAGAGGCCCAACAUGGUCACAUGGUAUCCCAGCUGGGAGCAGAAGCCAGGGCUCAGGUGACCUGUUUUUGUGCUGCUAGCUGGGCCGUAACAGAUCCCUCUUUAAACUAGCAAGCUGCCUCCCUGACAGGUGGCUUUAUGGCUGCUGCAGCCCUGCUACACCUCCCCAACCUCCUUCCUGUUUCUGUGCCUGCGUUACAAUAGCCUUCAUGGGUAGUAGCACUAGGCAGGAUGGGGCUGAAAAAAGAGGGGAUGUGCCAUCAAUGUUGGUGAUGUAACGGCACUGCAGACCGGGCGUGAAAUUGAUCCUUGAACGCCGCUGUAAUGGGACCUGAGUGGCUCUUACUGUUAUUUUGCCCUGUGGAUGCCAUGUAGCCUCACGCCAUGCACACGAAUAGCUCACAUUUUUAGAUAACUGCACAUUGCAUAGUCCAAAUGCUGUAAUUAGCUGCCAGCUGCAUGUGUGCCUGCUUGUCAAUCUCUGAUGCACAAACGAAGGUGCAGCUUGACGUGUAUUGGCUCAUUUAGAGACACUCUAGCCUUUUUAAUUUAAUGCUGAAAAGUAACCCUUAACAACACAGAGCUUGGCUGUGAUACUUUCGAAGCAGGAGCAAGAGGGAGACGGAGAGAUUAUUGCCCGGGGGUUCUCCUGAACAGACAUUACUCAGACUACAGGAGGGCUGCCCCAGCUUUGCUGCCAGAUCUCUGUUCCUACUGACUUUAACUCACUCGCUCCCUAGCCGACUGAACUGAACCCAGAGGAAAUAGCUUUCAUUUUUGGCCCUGGGAGGCUGUAUUAGGACUAUCUGAUUCAUGUCUGAUCACAUCAAACUGUUCUCAACAGCAUAGUUUCCAUGCAGAUAUCCUGUGUUGCUUUGUUGUAGUUUGAGAUGUGAACAAACAUGUAAAGCAGCCCUUGACCUUAUGGAAUUUCUCACCUUGUUUUUCUUUGUCUUGUUAAAGCUUAGUCCAAGAGAGAUUUUAAUUCUGUAGUUUCCUUCCUCAUACCUGAAUCUGCUACGACAAAGCUGACACAGAGCACUGAUCCCACACUAGAUUUACACUGGAAAAGAACUGCUGUGUAGUACUUAUCCUGCAUUGAUGUGUUAUGAAUGCUAUCAUUGUUGUAUUAGCUCGCUCAGGUUAAACCGUUUACAACAUAUGAACAAAAACACAGAGAAGCAAGUACUAAAGAACCUGUCUUAAUAACCCAGAUAGACAGCUUAAAAAUAACAAAACUUUCAAAAAGACUAUCUCCUCUGUCUAGUGAGGAUGGUAACAACACUGGAUAAUGUGAUCAUUUUUACUCACUGUAUUUCCUGUACAACCUACUGACUGUGAUUUUUAAAGACUUCUGAGGAUAUGAUCUCUAGUGAGAGUGUUUUUUUUUUUCAAACACUGAGUGAAAAACUUGCUACCAAAAGAAGUAAAAUAUAGUAACAUGCCUAUAGGAUAAUGUCAAAAUAAUAUCUCAGUAUUUUGGGGUUAUUUGCUGAAAAUCAUAAUUGACAGUAUUUUGCAUCCCUUAAAAAAUGUGUGGAAUAAAAUUCUUGCAUCGAAGCUUGUUCUUGUCAAUGGUGUAUUAAAAUAUCAGCAACUUGAGCCAGAGAAACAGAUCCCAUGAAGUCACUAGAGCUACUUUUCCAUGUGAUGUACAGAUUGGAGUCUUUUCAGCAACAUGCACCUUUUUGAAGCCAAAUCACCUCCACACAAGUGAAGAUGAUCCACGUCUACAUGUAUUACCUAAAGACAUUGGUUCUACGGGGUGGCAUUGUUAGCUGACGAGGCCUAGUUUAGUUUGUUGAGAACUUUACAUGUGUUCUCAGUAUACACGCACAUUCAUCUGGCUGAACGUGUUUUAACUUCAAUUUGUUUUUUUGCAAAAUAAGUGAUAUUUUUGUUUCUCGUGUCAUUAAAAUAACAGUGAAGAUAUUAUGUUAGACCAGUGGUUCUCAAGUCCAGUCCUGGAGGCCCACUGUUUUGGAUGUUUCCCUGCUCCAACACACCUGAUUCAAAUAAUCAGCUCGUUAUGAAGCCAUUACAGAGCUUGAUAACGAGCUGAUCAUUUGAAUCAGGUGUGUUGGAGCAGGGAAACAUCCAAAACAUGCAGGACAGUGGGCCUCGAGGACUGGACUUGAGAACCCCUGUGUUAGACAAUAUACUGCACAUUGCACACCCCUGCUAGGUAGCAGCAGCUCUGUUUCUAGCCCCACUUAAAAUGCAUGUUUCCCUUUCAUUUGGCACCAAAAUUGUUAUUGUUCUCUGUUAUUAUGACUUGAUGAAUUACCUGGAACUCACCUCUUAUUUUGCUGAUGUUUCCUUUGUGUUUUUGCACUGGUUUCACUGAAACAGGUGUAAUAUUUCCCAGACUGUUUUUUUACUGUAACCACUGAGCUUGUGAAAAUGCACCCCCAGAUUAUAAAGCCCACUUUUUCGCCCCAUUUGGAGACCUGUCCGAUGUCAGUAUCAGACAAUCUUCACCAAGCGCUGUGGUGUACUAGUUGCUAAUGUUUGGUAAGAAGACUGCCUCUUCAACAACUGACUCCUAAGUGGACUGAUCUUAACAGUCUGCUGAGCUAUUGGCUUCCACUCUGGACAACACACUUCCUAUUGUGGCCGCAGAAGUGCCUGCAUGGAUUCUCACAUCCAUAUUAUCCACUAAACUGAUGUAUGACCUCACUUUCAGCACCUGUGUGCAGAGGACGUGCUGUGGGCACCCAGAUUUAUAAAAGACAGGGCAGAUGCACUGUGUCCCACUGUGGGUACCAGGAAUAAAGAGGGCCUGGCCUGCAUUCCAUGUGGGUCAUGCUUCCUGUAUUUGUAUGAGUUUGUUGUGGUUUAUGAGCUGAGUCAUUGCAGCCAGCUUCAAGGAUGGUGUGAAGUCACAUCAGCUUGGCAACGGAGGCUGUGGGAUUCAUUCGGAAUCCCUCAUUUUCCCUCUCGCUCCUCCUACUUAUUGAAAAAAAGCAUAAUCUGCUGAGACUUGGCUGUGAAAACAAGAAUGAAAACACUUGUACACAGAGCAGUGGUGAUAAACUGUGGAGAGUGGAAAGCUGUUGUCUAUAGCCACAAGGUUUGAGUGUAAUAUGCUGUGGGUUUUCCCUCACCAGCUCAAGCACUGUCCUGUCUUAAAAGGAGAGUAUUUUUCCCCCCAACACAAUGACGUGACUGUGUCCCCUCGCUGAGGGAGGGAAGGAGGAGAAAGGAGAGACUGGGCUACGCUAUGUGCUCCACUCUGCCACCCAGAGUCCACCCAGGUCUCGGCUGUGUAGCGUCACUGUCUGACAGACCCUUGUACACCUCCCCCACCCCACUGCCCUCUGAAGCGGAGGGGGCUGUGGAUGAUUUCUAAAGCUCCCUACAGCGCAAGGAAAUCUGUUCAGAGAGCGCGUCGAAUAAGAUGCACUCCAAACACUUCCAUGCCUUUUUCUCCACAUUGUCCACCUCUUCAGCAUGCUUCUGUAAUGUGCCUUUUUGCCCUCCCCUGUGAGUGCAUGUUCCCCAAAUCCCCACCCCCAGUUCCCCUCGUGUUUCCAUAACAGCAGAGGAUUUGGCCAAAGGUGGCUUUAAAUGGUCUCUCCCUGCCUCCUUGAAAUUAGGAAUUGUGUGUGUGAGUGUGUGUUCGGUUCUCCCCUCCCUUCCCCUUCGCUCUGCGUUACUGUCUCAGGUUUAUUUAGGAAAUGCACAGAGGAGGGAGAGAAAUCCGGCUGGGCGGGGUGACUGGGCACAGGAAAGGGGGGUGGUAUGUUUUUUUUUCUUUUUUUUCUCUUUUCUUUGGCUGCGUUUCUGCAGGCUGAUGGACAGCCCUGCUAGAGGAAGUAGGAGGAGCAGGCAGAGGCAGUCACAGCAGCUCAGAUUUAGUCAGGAAUGCUGCUGUACUGUACUUGUUUUCCUUUUUUUCCAGCUGCCUUUUGUCGGUCUCGACUGCGCCUGGCCACAGCGCUGUGCACGUAUGUUUGUACUCCUUGUAGGGAGGAAUGUUUGAAAGGACAGGGCGAGGGGUUAUCUGUCUGUGUGUGCAGAGAUGGGGGGGGGUAUGUGUGUACAUGAGCAUGUGUGUGUGUGUGCAUUCCUGAGUAGUGACAGCAGGAUUCCCUGGUAAAGGGGAGACAAACACGCUGCUGUAUGAGGGUACUUUAAAACAGCUCUUUGAGAGAAUCUAUGAUCAGAGACUUGAGGGGGGGACGAUGUAACCGUGACAGAAAAAAAAACACACAUCACACAGUAUUCACAGCGCCAUCCUUAGGACCAGUGGUGGAUAACUAAUCUCCCAUGUGCCAUUCAGUGUACAAUUGAAUAUUAUGAGACGUAUUUGACCAAAUUAAAGCUGUACGCCUGUGAGAUUAAAGUCACAAAAUUCUGACAUGCCCUUAACAUGAAACAGAGAAUCAGCAGCCUGCACAAAAAUAAGGAAUGUGGUUCAUCUUGUGAUGUUUACUCUGGAAUGAAUACUCAAAUUCACAGGAACCAAGACCUGAAACUGAUUCUGAUGGGGGGAAAAAAAAAAGAAAAGAAGGGCAGGCUGAAAGGCAGCAUGUGCACACGUUUGCAUCAACUGUUUGGCCUCAGCUGUUGUGUACAAGAUCAUCCAUGUUCGUCAUUUGAAUGCAGGCAGCUGAAAGCUCUUUUAAUACCACUCUGUAAUGUGGUUUGAGCCCUCAUAUUCUGUAGAUCAAUUGUUGCCUGUAAAUAUUCAUGCCUCACAAAGUCCAAAGUUUAUUCUUAUACAUUUUGAUGGCCUCGAUCUGUACGUUUCAUCUAGUAAAUUAAGGUGCUUCUCUCCUUUUUUAAAUUUCAAUCCUCUAAAACCCUAAAUUUUCAUUUGAGCUGAUUCGAUGGGGCCAAGAUCCCGAUGAUGGGGGCCUCAGUCAAAGUUGCUUAACUGAGACCCAUAAGUACAUAGACCACGCGGAGGGAAGCCAAAACUCUGCAUGCCUCUCAUGUAGUACAUAUAAAGUGUUUUGGCAAACUGAAUAAUUAAAGGUUUCCCAGAUUCAUUCGCUCCAGUCGAGAAAUGCCCCUAACCCAUGAUCCAUCCCCGGUGUGUAACCCAACGUCUCACGAAGAAUCAGAGGAGAAUUUGGAAGGUGAUCCCGUCCGUGGCUUCGGCUGACACACAGACUCACAGGGGUCUUCUUCCUCCUAUUAAUUAGGCCUGGAGCUGACAGCUGCCAUGUCUGCGAGCCUCUCUCCAGACCUGCGGGCUCAAAUAGUGCAUUUGAGCAGAUUAGUACCUGAAAUUACUCUCCCAGCUGUUCAAAAAAACCCUCCGUGUUGCUUGUGUCUCCCCGCGAGUUUCCUCGGUUUGACAGCUAAUGACAUACACCUUUCCUGGAGAGAGUGUGACGCGCAUCGGUGCGGGUGCUUCAGAGGACAAGCUCAGGCAGGAUACCUCUAAGGCAUGCAGAGACAGGUCCUUGUGUGACUGUGUGUUAUUGCCUGCCAAGUGUGUGUGUGUCUGCUCCAUCCACGACCAACCCCUCUUAUUCUGAUCUAUAACUCGAGCAGUGAUCUGAGUCUUUGUUUGGUCCCAGUGUGCCUGAGCAGGCGGAGGUGUGACCUCCAGCCUAUUUCGUCUCGGCAUCUGUCCCUCCCACUAAUCCCGCUUAUCAACAGAGCUCUCUGUAUAAGGGGCAGCCGCACUGACACAUAUGCUCCCGUCUGGAUUCACAUCAGCCGGUGUAUUAUUUAUUAGUCCGAGCUAAAGGACCAAAGGGACUCUACCUUCAUUUCCUGACACCUCAUGUAGUCAAUAAUUGAUAUCACAGAAGCUUUUCCACAUCACUAACUUAAGAUCCUAACAGCAGCAGUAAAAAUCAAGCCCAAACAUAAAUAAAACGUGAGGACAUGCACUUACAGUUUAAGAUUGUGUGUGAGAGUUCAGAAUAGAGCAGCCGAAAGGGGGGAAAGAUGGCCUCUGUGUGUUGUUGCGUUUUUUGCCUCCCUCCUUUCAUGGCGGCCGGCUGCUCUGUGUUCUCUUGCUCCCCUUUGUGGGAGCUUUCUUACAGUGCAGCAGCAGCAGCAGCAGCAGCUUUCUGCAUUCCCAACAGACAGUGUGUAGAGGUCGCUUUAGCGCAGUUCACAGCAGCAGCAGCAGCAGCAGCAGCUGCUCAGGCUUCACCUUACAACAUCUUAACCCUCUCCGGUUUUUUAUCAGUCAAUACCUCACGUUGGUGGCUUUCUGUCAGAGGGGAAAUUCCUGUCAAACGCCGGUCUGAAAAUAUGAAUCAUGUUUCAACGUGUGCUGGAAAUACCCUGUUUUCACAAUGAUUUACAAUUUCCUGCAAACCACAACCUUCCAAAUGCCUUUUUUUUUUGUUUGAAGUAAAUUACACACUCAAUCAAUUCAUCUUUAAACACAUAUUAACUGAUCCUUUGUUUCUCUUCUUCUCUCUGUCACAUGCUCAGGCCUUGUGGAUGCACUUAGAUGUCUGCAAUGACUGCUGUGGCUGGCAUGCCUCAGUGUUUUGGACUCCCAUUCUCUGGACUCAGUAGGACAAGAACUGAUCAGCAGAGAACGUCAUGAGCAUAGUCAUCCCAGUAGGGGUGGACACAGCAGACACCUCAUACCUGGACAUGGCUGCGGGCUCAGAGUGAGUAACAGCGAAACACACCUUCACAUACCCACUCACUUCCUCAUUUCCUUCCCUUGAGCAUUCUUGUACACCAUAUUUAGCUGUGUCAAGCUCACUCUCAGUUUCACUGUCUUUUCUUUCACCUUUUCCUCCCAUCGCUCAACUAAGGUGUCACUACAUACCGUACUAUACAAUCUUUAAUACUUCUACACUUGAUAAUAUUAUACAUACUGAAGAUCAUAUUUCAACCCAAAGUAGCUUGAAGUCAAAGACAGAAGCAGUGAUUGAGACUAUUGAAGGAUUUGUACAGUUCAGUAGUUCUCAAGUCCAGUCCUCGAGGCCCACUGUCCUGCAUGUUUUAGAUGUUUCCCUGCUCCAACACACCUGAUUCAAAUGAUCAGCUCGUUAUCAAGCUCUGGAAUGGCUUCAUAACGAGCUAAUCAUUUGAAUCAGGUGUGUCAUGUACCUUUAACAGGACAUGGACAGGACAUUGAAAGCUGUUUGGUGAUCUUAUCCAAAAAAAGAAGACAGAAAUAACACCAGGCAGGAGUGAAACAGGUGUUGUUCUGUGAGAUUUAGAAGUAGAGAUGACUGCUGAGACUUUGUGUGUGAAAAAAAAAAUGUUUGCAUGGAACUUCUGUAGAAAAAAACAAACACAAUUGAGGUCAAGUGCAAACAGCCAGGUCGUAUAAGCACAACAUGAAUUUACUACAACGAUCUAAAGAGAGCGAGGCGUCCUGCAGAAGAGUUUUUUUAGGAGUAUCAUGAUGACAUUAAAUUUCUGGGAGUCAAUUUAUAAGUAUUUCACACUCUGAUUUCUUGCCCAGUGUUAUUAUCCCUGUCAUCUGUAGGAGCCAAUACUUGCCUUCUGUGAUGGCUCAAGGACUGAAAUGUAUUUUAUUUUUUUUUGUUAAAUCUUCCUGUCCACAUACAUCUGCUCUCUGUGUUAAUGGGAAAGUAGUAUUCAGUAGAGCUCUCCAGAAGCGUCUGCUCUAAUGGACAAUUCAGCCUCCUCAUUGAUUGUAUUUUCACUCCAUUAUUGUUCAUCUCAGUUUUCACCCAUUAACUACAUCCACACACGUCUGAAUGACAGCUCUUCCAUGAAUCGUGCACAAACACACACGAUUUUUUCCCAGUUUCUUUUUACAAACCGGAUUCCUUCUUACACACAUGUACACUGCAUAAUGCCCCAUAAAGCAGAAAUAGUGCGUGAUGCCAUGGCAACACGCUUCCCAUUGCCCCGCCUCACCGUUCCUAUAGUCUUGUCAAGGACGUUACGGCGGCUUUUUCUGGUCAAACAAAUGAAGCACAAGGUUCUGGUACGACUAAAGAACAGACGUCAUCAACUUCUGGAGGGGCUCCUGUUUCUUUAAAAGAGAGAGAGAGCGAGAAGGAUAGAGCCCUCCUCCUCCACAUCCGAGCUGUUGCCGUGACAGCUUGUGUUGCCAUGGUAUCUGCCCCCCUCGCAACCCCCCUCCCUCUCCUCUGCACUGCGCAGGGCCUGUUGCCAUGGCCACUGGCCUGAGUGACAGGUGGUCCUCACACAGACAUGGCGUUUUAAACAGUCCCACAGCGUCAGUCCCCCCCUCCUCUCCUCAGCACUCUGCUGCCACCAGGGGCAGAAGUAAACCCCUCGCCGUGACUCUCUCACUCCCUCUUUGUCCGUCCGAGCUCUGUGUCCGAUCACCGACUGCAGAUUUAUUCAAAAGCUGAUAACAAGCUUGAACGGGGGCUUCCACCUGCUGCUGUCCCAUCCGGAGGGACACACACUCACACAAUCGCACACGUACACACCAACACACCGCUCUGUGGAGUAUUGUGUGUGCGCGCCAGCCGAUUCUGGAACAGCGGGGCGAAACCAGCAUCACGUCCUUUGUACAUCCCCCUGUAGUCCGCAGCAGCGUGACCAGCUGUUGGCUAACACUGUGCGCGCGUUUGUGUAUGUGUACAUGUGCGCGUCCAGGGUGACACACAGAUCCUCAGCAUGCGCGCACCCGCUGACCGCAUACGUAGUGUUGCCAUGGCAGCAAGCAGGCAGCUCUUUAGGAGUGAAGGCGUUGCCUCUGGCUGUUCAGUGCUGCUCUUUUCUCUCCUGCUGUUGGUCCCUCCGUACUCGGUGCCCGUCCACUCUGCAUGUUCGCCCUCUCUCAGCAGGUGUUUGCAUUGUAAAGGACAUCUGUUCUUUUACUAAACACUCUUGACAUUCAUGAUGCGCUAUAAACGGUGCUCACCUAUCUGUCAUCUGACAUGAAAUUAAAAAGAAUCUCUUCACGUAUCCGUCAAUCUGCGACAUAUCAUCUUGCUGUUUGUCUGCUGCCCUCUUUGCAUGCAUACUUUCAAGGCCCUCCUUUUUCACUUCCAAGGAGUGGAGAUGUGAAUGAUCCCCCCCCACCCCCACCCACCUUCCCAAGCUAUGCACACAUACAGUCAAACACAUUUGCUCUCUUUACAGCAAACAGGCGAUCUGACUUGUUUGCUCACUGUCUGCCUUUAACUGUCUCUGCCUCUCUCUCACUCAUUCAUUUGUAGGUCAGACUGACAGAGAGGGAAAGUCCAAUCCCAGUUUUAUUCUUAUGAACCAAUUAAAAAAAAAAACCCUGUGUAGUAAAGUGCGGACUUUGAUCUGGUUAAUCAAUAACAAGAGAAAUUCAUUGAGUCUGGCCGCACUUCCUCAAGUGUGGUAUUAAGUUAUCUGUACAGAGCCUCCGCACACUCGGCUGAUCUGACACACUUGCCCGUGUGGCAGUUAAUCUAGUGUGCACACACCUUAGCCUGGGUCCGCCUCCAGACCUCAUGCAUGCACUUACGUUUUCACUUUGACAGUGAACACUUAGGCAGCAACACACACAGGAAGUGUUGCACAGUGCUCUGUCGGCAUGCAACAAGAGAAAUAAGGCAGAGGAGGGCUCACUCAGGUACUGUACCUCCACUUUACAUUAAAACUGAGAUUACAAGGAAGCAUGAGGCAUGAGAAAAGAGAGACGAAGGAGUUAAGAGUUUGUUUUGAGUUACAAUUUCACUUGUUUGUAGUGUUAAACUUUCUCAAAUAGACAUAACAGUGGUUGAUCACUCAAAUGUGGCUGUGAAGGACUUGAAACUUGUGUCGUGGGGUUGAGGUUGAACAUGAGCAGAAAAUGCUGAAUGGCCCGAGUCCCUGGAGUGUUUGAGCCUUUUGUGAAGAUUUCUCUCUUUCUACUCAAGGCUUUCAGGUACACUCACUGGGCCCGUCUUCACGUUUUUGCCUCUAUCAAUAAAACUCGCUCACUGUAAGCCUCGUGUACUAUCAGGCGUACUUUUGAAGUCAUGAGAGAACCUUAUUGAACCAACGUGGACAAAAACUUCAAGGAGAGGGUUUUACUGAGUGAUGUUUUUGCACGAUUGAACCUCUGAUACACGUGGAAAUCUGACUGAUCACAUGAGUGCUGCACCUAAUCUCAAACUCUCUCAUUGUGUUUUAAGUUGAUCAUGCUCUCUCUCUCUCUGUAGCCUUCACAUUUCCCUCUCUUCGUUAUUCCCUCUUCACACUGGACUAUCAUGUCUCGUGCCAUCCAUUUUGCCAUUUUUGCCACUUCCCUCUUCCUGUAGUGCCUCCCCUGCAGCAACUGAAGCAGUUAAAUCGUGUCACAAUAAGGGUAGGUUGGGUCUCAGACUUCCCGAACAGGCUCUGUGAUCCUGACUGAAGUGGUUCUACUGGUUUGGUAUGAACCAGCUUUCCAAAAGUGGCCGUGUGUUUUGUUGUUUUGCGAGUGUGUGUGUGUGUGUGUGAGUGAGAGUCAGCAGGUUUGCACUGACUGUCUGCCUCGUAGAUGUCAUUUUCGGGCUGGAAACACAAGUUAUUUUGACGUAUUCAUUCCUGUUGUUUGUCUGGUUUUGUUUCGCAGCAAAGUGGAUGUGACAGCCAGUCGCAGUCAGGCAGUCAAGUUAAGGUUUAAUCAGCAAAACGUUCAUCAAGUAUUGAAAACAAAAUAGUCAGUGCAGGAAAAGAAGCCCACGAAAAGUCGUGUCAUUUCACAUUUCACCCGACGUGAUCGGAUUAUUCUGAUACAUCCAUGUGUAAGCAGGGUUGAACUUUUGUUUCUAGUUUAACUUUUACAGAGAUGUUCUUGGUUUGUCUAAUGUAAAGGUCAGGUUGCCUCCAGAGGAUCUUGAUAUUUAUGGGACACGAGUAGGAAAAACAGGGAUGUGAGUUUUCUGUGUUUAUCUGGAAAUUCCAGGAUUUCCAACCUUAAGAGGCGAUGUAUCAUGAAAACAUCGUGAAAACACAUUUUUAAAGAAGGGAGGUGAAUAAGCUGGCGGGUAAAAUAUGGAGAAAUUCAGGACAUCUGCCAACUGAAAUGUGAUGCUGCUUUUCUGCAUGUAUCAGUGUAAAUAGUGUUUGUGUUGAGAUUCAACUUCAGCCUAACCGUCAUUUUAAAUAAACGGCAGUGACUCCUCGUCAGCUGUUUGUGUUCAUUAGUCGGCUGUGAGCGUGAUAUGACAUUAGUCGCCUGCUAUCAAGACGCCAAACACGGCUUUGGCUAACUGUUGGCUGACUCUAGAUUAGUUUUGUGAUAUGGAUUGAUCUUGGAGUCAGUAGAGUUGUUGCAAAGUUUUGAAAUGUGUAUAUCUAUAGACAAUAAUAACUGUAAAAUCAUAGCAUAUGUGCACUCUCAUAUGUGGUUGUUUACCACAGUUUUCAUUAGAUGAUAGUGUCACACGUCACCUUUUUUCAUAUUAUGCAAGCCUGAUGUGAGGUCUGCUGGCAGUGGGCUAAACCAAGUGUGGUUAAAACGAGACAUGAAGAGAGAGGCGUGCUAAUGUUAAACAAAUAAAAACCAGGGUUCUACUUGUAAUUUUUUAUUUAUUUUGUAGGGUUUUACCUUCCAGAAAUUUUUAUUCAUAUCACAGCAAACAAAGAAAACAAAUUGCAAAGUCAGUUUUCCUCUUAUAUGGUGCAGCCUUAAUAUGACUCGCUGAUGGAGAAGAUUCAGUCGAUGAAUACUUUCUGUGUGUCUUUAGCCUAACUUUGUCUAUAAAUCAGUAGCCGUAUCCUAGUUUAGAGAAUCCGCCUUAUUUAAUCAACUUUAUCUCAGAGAAAAGGUUUUUUUUUUUUUGCUCAUGAAAUGUGUUUUUAUGUCUUUGUUUCAUUUUGAUAUAUGAACAAACUCUGAACACUUUAGGAACAGGAUGAGUGUUAUUUGAGGGGGUUCAUCGGCUAAAAGAAACUCAGCUCUGUGAAGCAGUUUUCUUAUUCUUUUAAAUCGUGUUUAUAUGUUUGAUUAUGUUGAAAUAUUCAGAGUUUAGGUUGAAUAUUUAAAGACUCCUGCAUACUGAAGAGAUAUGUAGAGGUGACACAGACCAAAGACCGCCGUUUGUCUUACCAUGAUGAACCUCAUCAGUUUUAGUUUUACUUUCCCCUCUAAUCUGGACCUGGCAUGUUUUUACAACCCUCAUGCUCACAUUUUAUCUCAGGGUUCAAAUCAGUCAUUACUAACGGCCUGAAAGUUUCAUCCCCAUGCUGUGAACAGAACGUGAUCGACACCACAAGACACUGUUAUUAGACGUUCUGUGAAGAGAAUGGCGUCUGUCCCUGCUAUAAUUAAAAUAAAACUCCUAAAUGACUGUGAUUAAGGAAAAAGAAGGACACAAAAGCUCUCCUUUAGAAGACAGCAGGAGAAGUAUUAGGCAAUAGUGGGUGAAGCAUAACUCGAUUGACUUGGGUUACUUUUUAACCCUGGGUUUAAAUCUGCCUUCUACCACCCUGACCCCUCAUCACCAGUGUGACUUUAUUUUUGCCUCUGCACCUCUGUUUUAACCCCGCUGACGCACACACACUUCCUCACACUGUCAAAGGGAAACAAUCGCUCUGUGUAACCUUGUUAUCGGAGUUUGGAGCCGUUCAGAUAUGAACCUUUUUCUCUUCCUGUGUUGUCGCCCAGCAGACCAGAAUCGGUGGAGGCCAGCCCUGUGGUGGUGGAAAAGUCCAGCUACCCACACCAGAUCUACAGCAGCAGCUCUCACCAUUCCCACAGUUACAUUGGCCUGCCUUAUGCUGUAAGUACACACAAACUAACACACACACACACACACUGCUUCCUCUCUCCUAGUACAAACAACCUGUAUACCUUGAGCCCUCCCUCUCCGUUAAUCAUUCAUGAUCCUGUUUAUGUCCAAAGUGAACACUGACCUUUAAUGCACCAGCGUCCUCAGGUUUUUAUGAUACAGGAAAGUUUUUGCGGUCGAUGGACAGAAAAUUAAUCAACAACUCAACUGAUCAAUGGAUCUUAUAUUGUAGGGUUAGGCAAACACGUCCGGCUCUUAUCAGGUGUCAGAGGUUUUAACUAUUUCUUGUCUCACAAUGUAGGUUAGGAGGUUUAUUUUCACUUUUUGAAACUGUAAGGAGUGUUUUUUUAUCUAUUGCAGUGAUCAAAUGGGUAAUAUCUACACAAACUUUUCCUCAUGCUUCCAUUUGCAGCACCAGAUCCUUCUUUCACUCUGCUGUUUUUGCCUGUUUAGGCAUAAGACUUGUACUAUGGUUCAUAAUGAAAAAAAUAGAAAGCAGAGAGAUAAUCCAAACAUGCUGGACAUUUUGAGGGGAGGUUGCACGGUAUCCAAGAUGUGGCCUUGAUUGUCCUUCACUAUGACACAAUAUAUGGGAUAAAACAAUCAACUCUCAGAGCCAGCAGGUCCUAAAACUCUACGUCUACUAUAACUGGCUCUAAAUGUGUCGCCUGACCUCAUUGGUAUUGUUUAAAGUCCAUCAGAUAAUCGUUGGGUAUCUAUUUAUAAAAUGAAAAGUCAGAUCUCCUAGCUGCUUUUUAACCCCACAACCAAAACCAUAUAUUUCAUCUAGGAUCAUGAAUCAGUGUUUUAUUUUCCUCCCUAGUUUUACAGAUUUUACAGCUAAGAAAAGCACCAAGAAAUGCCAAAGCUGUCAAAAGUUGUUAGUUUCAGGCCGUGCUCUUGUUAAAUCUGUAGGUACAUUCUUAACAUUGAUCACACCAAAGCGUUAUUUGUCCCCCACAUGACCCAUAUCCUCUUCCCUCCCAUCAGGACCACAAUUAUGGGGCUCGGCCCCCACCUACGCCGCCGGCCUCCCCUCCCCCCUCCAUGUUGAUCCGACAAGGAGAGGGGGGGCUGUUUGUUCCAGGGGGUCAGGACGAAGCAUCCCGGGGCACCACGCUCAGCACCUCAGAGGAUGGCAGCUACGGGGCUGACAUCACCCGCUGCAUCUGUGGCUUCACCCACGAUGACGGCUACAUGAUCUGCUGUGACAAGUGCAGGCAAGAGCCCCGUUUACACUCUGCUGUUUACACGAUCUUUGGCACGAUGACUCACUCCUCUGUUUCUCUGUGGCCUGAACUUGUCUGAAUUGGUGCUACCUGAGCACACAGAUGUUUAUGGUGCUAUAAAUGGUUUUUCUUUGAUUGUUUUUAGUGCCUGGCAGCAUAUAGACUGCAUGGGCAUCGACAGGCAGAACAUUCCUGAGACCUACCUGUGUGAACGCUGCCAACCACGACACCUGGACAGAGAGAGGGCCAUCCUGCUGCAGACCAGGAAACGGGAAUGUUUGUCUGGUGAGAGAGACCACACAGGAGGAUAAAGAGGCCUACAGCUCUUGAAGCUUUCCUUUUACACUUUAAUAAUUCUGUUUGCCUCCGAAAAAUAAACAAAGUUACAGAAUUAGUUUAAAGUUUCUGUUAAAAUCCAAAAGAGGGUUGUCAUUGCGGUAGAUAUAGAUUCUUAGGUGUCAGAUUUUUUCUGUGAGAGCCCAAAUACGGAGCUUUCAGUUCUGUUUUCUCUUGCUUCCUUGCUGCGGUAAAUGGCUAGCUUGUUAGUGAUCAGAGUAGUCUGUGGGCUCUGUCAGGGUGCAGCCUUCCUCUCCUGUGCAAAGCGAACCCUGCCAGAGCCUGGGACACACUGACACCUGCUGGACAAGGAGCAAAAUCACUUUCUGAUCUGUGCUGAAACACACCUAAGCUUCCAUUAUUACAACUUGGCUGCAGCAGCUGUGUGUUUUUUUUUUUUUUUUAAUAGAUUUGAAUAACUCAGAUGUGUUUGUUUACUUAUUCAGAUGGGGAUACCAGUGCUACUGAAAGUGGAGAUGAAGUGCCGUUAGAGCUUUACUCCACCUUCCAACACACGCCUACCACCAUCACCCUGACGACCGCGCGCCUUGGCAAUAAGCAGGCUGAUAAAAAAAGAAAAAAGAGUGGUGAUAAAGAGCCUCCAGCAGGCUCUGCUCGAGCUAAGAAGGUCUGGUUUGCCUAAGUAUUGAAUGAUUACCUGACAGUCAACAUUCAUUCUGUAUUAUGAGCUUGAACUGCAGUUAACUGUUGGGUUUUGUCUCCUAUUUCUAUGGCAGGCCUUCAGAGAGGGAUCCAGAAAGUCCUCCAGAGUAAAGGUAAACUCUUAGAAACACUUCCAUGCUGUAUCCAGAGUUUGCAUUCUGCCAAAAUUGAAAUUAAAGGUGCCAUAGGUGCGACUGCUUAGUGAAAUUUCUUGUUUCUUGUUGUUCUUAGGGUGCAGCUCCAGAGCAGGAGCCGACAGAGCACCCGUCCCUGUGGGAGAACAAGAUCAAGACGUGGAUGGAGCGUUACGAGGAGGCCAGCAGCAAUCAGUACAGCGAGGACGUCCAGGUCCUAUUGCGUGUGAAAGAGCAAGGCGACGGCAAGAGCCUGGCGUACAACACGCACCCUGCUUCCUUCAAACCCCCUGUGGAGGUAAAACUCAACCUUGUGCAAUUUCUUUUACUUGUAAUCAAGUGUCAAACUGGCUUAUUGUUUCUUAAACCUGAGCAUGAACCGAGUUUCCCACAGUGGCCUACGCUCUGAUUUAUUGUCUUGCAAGGGAGCCGCACUUACACGUCUCUUUGUCUCUUUCAGAGCCAAGUUCAGAAAAACAAGAAGAUCCUCAAGGCGGUGCGAGACUUGGCCCCAGACUCCCUCAUCAUUGAGUACAGGGGAAAGUUCAUGCUUCGACAGCAGUUUGAGGCCAACGGUUACUUUUUCAAGAGGUCAGCAGGCUGGUUUCUAUUAAAAAGGGAUUCCUCCUUGGAGUCUGUCUUAUGGGUGUAUAUAUUGAAUAAGGCUGCAUUUUUAUGAAUAAGGUCAAACAGAUGAACCAGUAUUAAUGACCAUGGCCACUUGGGGUGGAUAGAGGUGCAGUGCAGUUUAUUUCAUUGUAGUUCCUGUUAAUAUGAUGUUUAUUAACUUGUCCAUUGCUUCCUCUCUUAUAGGCCGUACCCAUUUGUGUUAUUUUAUUCCAAAUUUGACGGAUUGGAGAUGUGUGUGGAUGCCCGCAGUUUUGGGAACGAAGCACGCUUUAUCCGUCGCUCCUGCACCCCCAACUCUGAAGUAAGUCCAAUAGAAAUGGAAUCAAAACCUGAUCUGGUUUUUCUCUGAAGAGAUAUAGUUUUUCUUAUAGUUUUUUGCAAACACAUAUGUUAAUAUGUUGUUCAUCAACACCUUAUGAGGGGCAAAGUUUCAAAUUGGGACAUAGAUGUGGUUUGGAGUAUCUUCUUGCUCAAAUCUCGAGCAGAACUCAAGAUUUGCGCUAUUUGGGAUGUCACCAAUUGGUGAAUCUCUGGCUACGGCCCAAAAAGACCGUAGCUGAAAUAGAAAGUUUUAAAAGACACCAGCUUUAAAUAAGUAAAUAUCUUUAUCUAUCUAUCAUGUGAUGUCACAAAGCUAUCAAAAAGGCGUAAGAGAGCAUAAAGCCCUCUCAUCAGGGAAUUCAACCUCAUGCAUGGCAACUGUUGUACUCUCUUUAUCAAUCAUUAGUCCUCUCUAAUAUUUCGAUAUCCUUCCUCAGGUGCGGCACGUCAUCGAGGAUGGUAUGCUCCAUUUAUACAUCUACUCACUAAGGCCUAUCACAAAGGGCACAGAGAUCACCAUCGGUUUUGAUUUUGACUAUGGCAGCUGGUGAGUAUAAUGAGUAAAUUGCAGUAGAACAUAGACAGUAAGAUUGCCCUCGUACGUCAUACUUGAUUUCUUUCUGCCUCUUUCAUCCUCUUCUCUUUCGUAUUCAUAGUAAAUACAAGGUGGACUGUGCCUGCGUGAAGGGAAACCAGGAGUGCCCGGUGUUAAAGCACAACCUGGAGCCCACAGAAAACCUCGGCUCGGUAGGCCGGCGCAGGGGAAGCCGAAAGGACAAGGAGGUGGUCCGGGACGACCAGGGCCAGAACCAAAAUGUGGGUCUGGAUGGUGAAGGAAAGGGCAAGAGUGUAGGCGAUGGCAAGCAGAGGAAACUGUCUCCUCUUCGCCUCUCCAUCUCAAACAACCAGGCAAGAUGAUACCUUUAUGCUCUACAUUCAUCCCUCAUUCACACUUUACUGCCAAUGUGUCACAUGUAAAAGCUACUACAGCUGUUUUGUUUAUAUACAUUCACUCUUGACCCAUGCAUGUCAUUUAUUUUGAUCUUUGUGAAAUGUAUAAGCAUGUAUUUUCCAUUGUUUGUUCCUAUACAUCCUUUUUAGUUCCCUCUUUUUCCCAUCAUCCCUUUAUGCAUCCACCUUUUCCCCCUCAGCUUUUAAUUUGGACUCCAGGGUUCAGAUUUAAACAUCAUUGUGAGACUCUUUUGUCCCACUGGUACGGCAGAUGUGUAGGUAUUUUGGUUCUAUGCAGGUGUGCAAAAGAGUGGUGAUUCCUCUGGUUGGUGUGAACAGGAACAAAAGAUGGAUUUUCUCUUACUGAAAAAAGUUUGUAACAUGGCAAAGACUAGAUUUAAUUUGUCCAAAAUGUAUUUCCAUCAGGACUUUUAAAUCUGCAUAGGGGCUGUUGGUGUCGGUGUGUUUUUAUUUUUAGAGAAUUCGAUCACUUAAGGCAUCAGUUUACUCAGUUGUUGUUAGGCGUGAGUGAGAGUGAAGUUGAGUUGUUCAGAUAUGGAGAAUUUUCAAGCAGAUCUGUGUUGCAGCCUUAGAAAAGAAAAGUGACAAAGCAGGUCCCUAGUGUUUCAUGGUAAACCAAAAUUUUGGUACUUUUUUAAAACUUUUUAUUCUGAAUAGUGCAUUACUAGAAUUUUCCAAUGUUCAGUAUAUUACAUAGGUUGAAUAAUUCAGUUUGACUCUGAUGUCACUGACUAAAAAAGCAGUUCCCAACUAUGAGGAUGAAACAUUUUUUACCUGCGUUUUACAAGGCAGCAGUAUCAGACUGUCUGCCUCUGCGUCCAUUUAGAAAGAAAAGCAAUGCCUCUGCCCCAACAUGUCCAGUGCUGACAACAACAGUGAGUCAUCUUCCAAAAGAACAUUUCCACUGAAAACAAACCCGACUGCUUUUUCAAAACUGGUACACAGAAGACGCUACAAAACAGUGUUUUGCAAUAGAGGAAACCCCUCAAACUUUUCUCAGCACCUCAGUGACUUAUAUCCAGAUCUCCAAAGAGUAAAGAGCACAACAAGUUAGCUUAGACAAAAAGGAUAUUGAUGGGCUGUUAACAUAUAUUUUACACGAUACGUAAUGUGACAGAAUAAGUUGCGUGUCAAUAUUAGCCCUAACCUGCCAAUCAAAACAAGUGAGUUCAAUAACAAAUGUAUAUUAUAUGCUUAUGUAAUUGUUCAACAGCCAAAAAUGAUCAGGCUACUUGCUUCGAUUUCCAUGACAGUUGCUGUGGUGGCUCUGUAGCGUCAGAAUGUGCCAGUUGAGGCCAAGCACAUUUUGAAGAUAUUGUUUUGUCCAUAAUGCCCCUAGAUUAAAACUAAUGCACUAAUAAAUCCAAAUGUGACAAACCUCAUAAACAUCAUCAGCUUCUGCUAUCUGAGUCCAAAUUUUGGUAUCAUGACAACACUAGUGUCCCUGCAAAGGAGGUAAGAUGUCUCAAAGUACUGAUGUUGUGAGCACAGCUUCACUGGGAAGAAGCAGUUUAGUCCGUCAGGUGCUACACGGUUCCUUUUUGUAGGAGGGUGCAGAUGGAGCAGGUGGCUGGAGGUGAAACAGUUAUGGUGGUAAAUUCCUGAGAAGAGGGACAGCUUGUAAGAUCAGAAAAAGGUCUAAGCUGUUUUUUUUUUGCACAGAAUGACCACUAAAAACAACUAGCCCCCCUGUAUCUUCAGAUAACUUCCCUCACCCCACCUCCCUUUCCCCCUCCCCCACUCUUACCUGUCUCCCUCUAGUCUGUAGUCAGACUGACUGAUCAGCCAUGAUAAAGCGCCAUACCCCGCUCUCCCCUCUUACAGGAUCCUGAGUUAUAUGAGGAUAUAGAAGACAAAACCUCCGUUAGCAAUGAAGUAGAGAUGGAGUCAGAGGAGCAGAUUGCAGAGAGGAGGAGGAAGAUGGUAAGUGUGCCAAGCUAGGGGCUACAGCUUUUUUUUUUUUUCUUGCCACGCAGCCACCCAGUAGAGAACUACAACAAUCCCCUGUUGCUCUGGGUGUGGACUGUCUGCUAAAGGGGCUGUAUGCUUGGAUAGGAGCAGCUGUCCUCAAGCUCCCUUCCAUAAAACUUCCCUCCUCUUCAUCACUCAUCUGCUGCUGGUGCUCCCUGUCACUGCCAACACCCCUGUUGCUGGUUUGCUUAGCUCUUCUCCUCUCUUCUGCAGCUUUGACUCCCCUCCUCUCUUUCCUCUCAGUUUAUUUCUCCUCAUUUGUCGCCCCUUUUCCCCCCUUCAGCGUAAGAGAAAAUGAAUGUGCCUGCAGCGCUACGUUCCCAUUAACACUAUCUCCUAUCAGUGGGAGCAAACCAGUAUCUUGAUCCGUCAUGCGAGAUGGAGAUGUCCCCCCAAGUGUGCAUUACACCUCGUGUAUAUAGCUCUCCCCUCACCUUCACCGCAGCGAGGAGUUUCGAAUGGCCAAUUACUGGUUCAACAGCUCUUUCCUGCCAAACUGCCAUAUGCCCCAUAGAGAUGAGAUCAAACACACAAAGAUGAGUGUGAUACACUUACACACACUCACACACACACACACACUCCCUCUCUCUUUUUCUCUUUGGAAAUUACCCUGCAGUCAGCUUCAUUUCACACGGUCGACCCAAGGUGCAAAGUGCUGACUCAUCUCUGGCCAACAUACAGUUCUGCUAAUCGGCCAGAGAGAUAGAUGGUUAAAAAGCGAGAGGGAGUGAGGGAGGGAGAGGGGAAAGGAGGGGCUGCAGAGGGUGUAGAGCCUUGUUGCCAGGGCCAUAUUGACUUUGGGAGAUCCAAUAGGCUGCUUUCUAUGGAUCCUGGCCUAGGAGAGAGAGCUAUGCCUGUUGGAGCGAAAAAGAAGUGUGCAUUCACAAACUGACGAUUGGUAAAUGUGUGUGGGUGUUGUAAAUCCAGGCCGCAACAACGGUGCGGAGGAGAUAACAUCAGCGUGUGCUGGCAUGAUAUCUUGCCUACUUACAAAAGAGCCCCUAUUGUUUGAAAAGGCAACCUGGCUGUUUUGUCCUUCAGCUGAUGAUCAGCCUGUUUGGACUAAAUUUAGGCUUUAUUGUGGCUUUUAUUUGUCUGAAGUCUCCCCCAGCAAUUACUGUUUUAUAUUCGUAGCACAAGCCACAUAGUGGGAAUUUGCCCCUUAAUUCCAGAAAACAGAUCUUUGCACUGCAAAUCCCCAAAGCAAUCUGGUUGUGAACACAUAUCACAGUGCAGCCUGCUGUCCUUUAAAGUGCCAUCAACGAGAGAUGCAUUAUUAAAAAGCUGUCAGCAAUGAAAUACUCAUGCAAGAGGAGUGAGGAAGGACUUUGGAUGGUGCCAAAAAGUGUCAAAGAAAGAGUGAGUUAAGAAUAUAUCUCUGUACAUAACUGUGAAAAGUCAGGUUAAAAACUGACAGGGCUGCUUUAAAAUCACUUAAAAAAACAAGACAAUAACUAGCAGACCCAAAUGCUCACAUUUUUUCUUUCUUUCAAUUGGAUACCUGCCAGUGGCAUUAAAAAAUUCACUAGGUAAGGACCAAAAAAAAAAACGUGAUUUUUUUUUAAACUGACUUGAGAGCAGCCUUCACCGACGCUAUUUUGCAACACCAACUUUCUCAUAAGAUCAAAUGCAGUUUCAUGUUUUCGACUCUUACCACCCUCAUAGUGAGUAUUAAGUGCGUUCAGUGAGUUCCAAACACUGUAGGAACACUCGUCAAUGUCACUUUUUAGCCGUAGACCAAUCAGAAUCGAGAGAGGGCGGGACUUGCGAUAUCGUCUGAAUGAAGAAUAAUGGCGGAACAUCGCAUGAAGGUGAAAGAAAAAUUACAAUUCGACGUCUGUCAUAUUUUAAAGUUCUCGUGAAACGGCAAUGAAUGAAUGAGAGAAAAGAGAAAGCAUACCAAGAAGACGUGAAAAGAGACGUAAAAGCCGCUACUUCGGGAGGUGGAGGUGCUGUCAUGUGUAAUGUAAUAAUAAUUGUCUACCAAAAGCACUCCGUAAUUGGGGUUAGAGGUGUCCUCAGUACAGAAAAAUAACGUUAAAGGACACGACCCUUGAAGCGUUUAUGGUCAAGUAUGAUAUAUCGUAUUUGUGCGGAUAACGUCAGCAGAGCUAGCACUGCUAUAGCUAGCCUGUUAGGUGGUUAGCAUCGGCAUGUUUGUGCUGGUUGCACAUUGCCAGUUCAAGCAGACACAGCUCAAAUAUAACUCUGUCUAUAUUCUCCAGGUUUAAAUACUGUCAAACAAUGUGGCCCAUUACCAGUCAUAUGUGCUUUAUUAAGUCCAGGCACCCACUGCCUGAAUCCCUCAACCAACUAGUUCCAAAAUAGUAACCACAACUCUCACUAGAGUACUUUUACACCCUUUGUAGUAAGCUUUUGUGUUGAUCAGUUAUAUCUGACUAUAGGGGUGAAAAUAGUAACUUGGCAGGUGAGCACCAUAGACCAUACCAAUUACAUUUGGCAUUAGUAAACAGCAUUUGACAUUGUCAUGGUAAAUCUCUGAAAGAACCCCAGUGUCCCAAAUUUUCUUGAUGUAUCAGAAUACCUACACAGUCCUGUAAAUAUCACACAACCAAAAGAUCAGAGAGUGGUUAGUCCAGCCCUGUCCAGUGUUUGUGAAGCCUUGUUAAAGGGGGACAUGUCUCUUCUAAACUGGGCUGUCUCUUUAUUGAACACUCAGGCCAGCCCAGCGGAGCAGUCCCAUCUCCCUGUGGGGGCGGCUUCCAGCUGGAAGGGACUGAAACACAAGGAGGUAAACUUGACCCAUACAUAGGCAACUUUACUCCACCCAUUUACCGGCUCUCCCAAAAAAAUCUCCCGGGGGUGAUUGUCUGACAAACCUACUAACUGUUACAUCUGUUAAAAUAAGAUUGUUUUUUUUUUCAGUAUUACAGUCUUUAGAAAGGGGUGUUCUUACUAAAGAUGGAGCAUUUUUGUGUGGGUUUAAAUGGUGGAGGUACACCUGGGAAAUUGCGCCCCAAAUACAUGUAUGUUCACACUGGGCAUGCUUCCACUUGGGUUAGGGCUCGGUUGUAAAUUGCUGAGUGAAAAAGCGCUCCACAAACACAGCACAUGUAGUAUUUUCAUCUUUUGCAGUAUUUGUCCUGUUGCUCCCAUCUGACCACCUCCCUUUUCUGUGUUUUUUUAAUUUUUUUUUUACUCUAAACACGAAGGGUCACUUUUACACCUUCCUCUUUACUCUGCGCUCAGCUAGAUCUGCUUUACCUUUGUAGCACAUAUUAACAUAUUGUACCGCUGCUUCAGGGGCUGUGUGGGACUCCAUAGACUAACUCCCCUGUACCCUCGUUUCUCUUACUUUCUCUCCGCAGACGCGAGAGGAGAGGAAGAUGGAGGCCAUCCUGCAAGCCUUUGCCCGCAUGGAGAAGAGAGAGAAACGCAGGGAGCAGGCCCUGGAGAGGAUCGGGAGUGUCAAGACAGAGGUGGGAGGGCGCAGUGACAUCAAGGAGGAGCCUCCAGCCACUCCGGAGACGGCUGAUUCUCCAACUGUAAUCCAGGUGAGAACAAGGACGUCUUUUAUGCCUCAUAGUUUCAAGAAAUUGGUUCAUCUCAUUGUGAUUUGGCAGCAUACUCAAAAUGCCAAAAUGGGCAUAUUGUAUAUGUGUCUAAUUUUAUACCAAUUUCCCUCUGUCUUUUUGAAGCCACUCCUGGAAGUGAAAGAGGAACCAGGAUUGAAACCGGCGAAGGUAAAAGGCUCCAGGAACAGGAAAAGUUUCUCGAGGAACCGCACGCACAUUGGCCAACAGCGCCGGAGAGCCCGCACCAUCAGCGCCUGUUCAGACUUGCCUCCAGGCUCUCCAAUCGAGACUGUCGAGCCUCUGACCAACGAGGCACCCGAGGGAGAGACGCCAACCGCACCGGAGCCUGAGGUCAUCCCUACCCAAGCCCCCGAGACCAGCCCCCCUCACAGCAGCUCACCUGCACCUGACAGAAACCGCACCGGGAGCAAGAACUUCAAAACUAAAAAGGUUAGAAUAAAUGACUUUAAUUAUUUAAAAACAAUGGCAAAAAGCACUUUGACCGACACGGAUAGGCAGGAAGAAGAGCAAGAAUCUAAAACAGAGAGAUAAUCCAAAGAAAGUAAAAACCAAACUGCAGAAAAGAUCUUAAGAGUAAGAAAAUUCAGCCAUCAUACAUGCACAGCCACAUAACUUUGCGACUCUGAUAUCUGACGGUUUGGUUCUUAUCUUGGUUUCAUCGAAUGUUCUGAAUCAUAUUGACAAAGUUUUCAACAAAGACACAAGUAGACUUAAUUCGUUUGGGAAUAUAUCCACAUCACCUCCAGGGAAGAGUUGUUUAUAACAUUAAUUGGAAAAAACUUUUCGUACUUCUCUCCGCAGCACUUUGUGAGCGAGUGGGUGGGAGAGAAGCAGCAGGACCGCGUCGCAGUACGAACCCCGGAGCCGGCCCCAGAGAGGCCGCUGAGAAUAAGCAGUGACCCUGAAGUACUCGCCACGCAGCUGAACGCCCUUCCGGGCAUGGCCUGCUCUCCGCAGGUCUACAGCACGCCCAAACACUACGUCCGCUUCUCAUCGCCCUUCCUGGCAAACCGCAGCCCAACGACUCCGGGCGUCCCGACUGGCAGACGGCGUUCCAGAGAAUUGCCAGAAACGCCGCCGACCACUGGCUCCUGCAAGAAGGUACAGAGACCAGCUUAACACACAGUUUGACUUCAGAAAUCAUAUUAAUUUAUUUGGGAUUAGAAAUGAAUAAAACUCAGAAUAAGCUGCUUCUGUUGUUUAACUUCACCUCUGUUCCACAGCGAUGGUUGAAGCAGGCUCUAGAGGAGGAGGGAUCCACCAGCCCAGCCAGGCGACCAAGCCUCCUCAUGCCCUGUGAGGGUCCUCUCAGCCCCUCAAUCAAUGGAGACUCUGACAGCCCCCUACCCUACAAUGGCACCUGCUCUUUACCAGGUACCUCAUUAUAAGAUCUAUAUUCUCACCUCUCUCAGCUAAUAAUGCUUGUUUGAAAUCAAAUCCUUAACGUGGUCGAAUUCCUCCACCAGAGUUGCCCACACCUUUGAAAAAGCGACGGUUAAGCCCGUUAGAUGCCUGUAUUUCUGAGAGCUCGACGCCCUACGGUUCCCCUUGUGCCACGCCAACCAGGGCCGAACAAUCAGAAACGCCUGCAACCCCCGUCUUACUGGCUUCCCCGCCUCGUCCUCGAAUAGAGGAGCCAAAUACAGAGCCCCUGCCCAGCACCCCAACGCACACACUUAGCACCCCUCAGGAGGUAAGCCCAUCCAUGUCUGUACCCCAUGUGCGCACACGCAGACACACACGCAUUUGUUCACAAGAGAAAUGGAGCCUCGGUAACCGUAUGUUCUUGUUUACAGAGUGAAUCUUCAGCAGAAAGCUCCCCAGAGGUCAGCCGGAAACCCAGCGUACAAGAGGUGAGGAAAGGACACUAGAGGAGACCAAGAGAGAACAAGAAUCUAUUUAUCAUAAAACAUCAACAUGUCAUAGUUUCAACAUUUGAUUUGUUGCCUGCCCUAUUUUCAUCGAAUGUAGUGCUGAAUUGACUUGAAAACCAUCAUCCAUAUCAACAUUUAAACUUUUAUAGAGUUGGGGUUGUAACAUUGAUUUUAUUUUCCUCUUCUCUCCAAGGCUGAUCGUCCUCCUUCGUUGGUCUCCUCUCCCUGCGUCCGAGCUCCCAGUACAGAAGGACUUCCAACAGAAGCUAAGCCAUGUGUUCCUGAGAGUCCACAGCCUCCAACUGCUGACUCUGUGGAACUGGGAGAGGAUCGUGUUGACGGCGGGGUUGUAGAAGGCAGUACUGAGGUCCCCUCAUCUGCAGAAACUUGUGCUUCCUCUUUUCCCGGCUGGAUAAAAAGCCCGGACAGAGGCCUGACUGGACCAGCUGGCCUGAACUUCUCUCCAGUCAACUCAAACUUACGGGACCUCACCCCUUCACAUACCCUGGAGCCUCUGGCGGCUCCGUUCAGGCCUGAUGCUGCAGUCGGAUCUGCGGCGGGGUCCACAGCAGGGACAGGUUCUCUGGUCGGCUCUCAGGCCCCCUUCAGUGAAGGACAGGGGCAGCUCUUUUACCCUUGCUCCGAGGAAGGCGGUGCACUUGGCUUCUCACGCUCACUGUGUGGGGACGGUGGCGGAGAUGGAGGAGGGUCUGCGCAGAACCCCCCACAGAAAAAAAAGGUGAGUGAGCUGUGAUGUAAAAUGAUGACAGAAUCGAAGUUUCAGCUCUUUGCCUCCCAGUCCUUGGAGUUCAGAGGAGAUUUUCAGAUCAGGCAUGGUGAUAUUUUUGCCCUCAUCAGUAAGAUAGCAGAAUUUGGAAGUACAUGCGGAGAGGGUAACAUUAAAAAGAUAAAUCAAUCAAUUGUUCAAUGAGUAAAUGUUUAAUCGCCGCCCUCUACUGGUGUAACACAGGAACAGCUUCUUGCUCUCAGUUGACAUCUUAGUUUCUGCCUCUUCCCAGGUUUCCCUGCUGGAAUACAGGAAACGUCAGCGAGAAGCUCGACGCAGCGGCUCCAAAACCGAAUGCAGCUCUCCUGUGUCAACCGUGCCCCCUCUGAGCGUGGACGCCUUCCCUUGUGCUCCCGAGACCACCAGCGAACCUCCUCCGCCUCCUGCUCCCGCAGCGCCCUGUAACACCAACACCACGGCUGUAAAAGAGCCGCAGACCAGUGAGGAAGCAGAGACAGGGGGCGAGAAAGGGGAGCGGGAAGGAGGAGAAGGACAGUGGUAUGAACAAUUCAAACAUAACCUCAAAUACAGCUCUAUCUUAGAUUAAGAGCUUUUAAAUACCGAUGAAUUCUUCCUCUAAAAUGAUAAUUUCAGUGUGCAGUUUAGGAACAACAUUAAGGAAUUUACUACUUACUGUGUUCUUUUAAGGGUAGAGGUUUUAACAUCUACAAUUUUUGCUUUUAUCAGGACGUCGUCGACUUCUGUAGAGCAGGCCCGGGAACGCAGCUACCACAGAGCGCUGCUGCUCAGCAAAGACAAAGACACAGGUGAGGAUGACGACAGAGACUCUCAGUGGUCUCUGUCACAGAGGUCGAGUGGGAAAUAAUGUUUUCACUUUACUACAGAAAGCUAGAUGAGAAUGACACCACUCUUUAUCCAAGUGUGUUCGUCCAGGCUCAGCUUUAAACCCCUGCUCCUGGUCUUUUGGCUCAGUCAGCUGUCGCUUUUCUGUGAAACCUGCAUUCUGAUGUGGCACCAAAGCUAUGAGGAAGAAGUAGAGGACAGUGUCAAAUUGUGAGGUCGACAUGUGUUGGAGUAAUCCCAGGAUCAGACUACAGACACUAAGUAAACAAACACUAGAGUUGAGAAAACACAAGAGUCAUAAUUCAUAAAUAUUCAUUUCUAACCCCAAUUUCCACCGCAUCCAGCUACGGCUACGAAAAGGCCGUAACUGCCGAUCGCAGCGGAUCGUAACCAUGGAAGUUCAUGUGUCAAUUUUCACCGACUUCUUUCCGUUAGUCUAGAAAGUCUAGGGGUGGAUUUCCUCCUCUGGAAGGACACAAUCUACUGCUUUUAUGGUUAUGUGGCUAUAGAGACAACUUGUUAUUGCACGUGAAUCAGCGGGUUCUUGUAAGUUCUUGCGAUUCCCACUGUCCAGAAUCCGCCACGAAAUUCACCUCACAAACGGUAGAAAUUGGCGGACGGCCAUUCCAGAUCGGAGCCGUUCCGAAUGCGGUGGAAAUUGGGGGUAAUAAAGAAACACAGGUUAACUCAUGAUGAUGACUUUGGAGCGUGGUAACAGUGGAUGCUGCUCGAGUGCCGGACUCAGGGGGGCUUUAAAAAGGCAGUAACUGAAAUGAAACAACAAAACGAGUCUUUUCAAAGACACCAGCCGAGAUAAUAAUCUGAGUUUAUAAAUCUUUGUAGACGGUGUAAAGGCUGAAAAGAACAGAGCAUCCCCUCUUAAAAUAACUGUUUUCCCUUUUCAAGACGCUGAAGCAGAGGGUGGAGAGACACCUGCACUUAGAGAUUGCCCUUCUCCGAGUCUACAAAAGACCCCCACCCACACAGUAAGUCAACGCUGUCCACAUGCGUUCGAUCUGCCACGUCUGUUGAAAACAGAGGUCUGACUCUUUCUCUCUCUCUCUUCGCUCAGCCGUGCUCUCCUGGUCCUCUCGCUCAGCCUCCCAGCCGGCCCACCAAGGAGGAAGACACUGACAGUCAGCCUCGGACCCCCAACCCCACCAACCAACCCCCGAGCAAGCCAGCAGGACCUAAACCCGCUCCUUUGACUCCCACCAAGCUUCAUCCCACCCCCUUACCCUCCUCUCCUGUUCACUACCCAGGACCCUCCCUCCUGCACUCCCCAAAACCUCAGCCACAAGGAUCCCCCUUCCGCAGCCAGAGGGCGCUGUUCUCCUCUCAGCCUCCGAACCAACCGCAGCCUCAGGCGCAGGCCGGCCCAGCUCCUUUCCCCCAAUACAACAGUCAGGGUGCUCCCCCACCUCCUCCACCUCCUCCCCCAGCACCACCUGUCUCCACGGCGUAUUUCCCCAACCAGAGCCCCUCGCCUGCAGGACCUUUCCCCGGGUUCAAACCCUCCGUCACCCAACCUUACCCUCCUGGUUCUCAGCCUAUGAUGCAGACUCUCCCCCACAGUGUGCACUAUCAGAGCUCAGCAGCUCCUCCGCCGCCACCUCCUCCGCCCCCGCACCCGAUGCCCAGCCCCGCCCUCCUGCACCUGCAACCCCCUCCCAUCCAGCAGCACCAGCUCAUGCUCUCCACAGCUCCUCCUCCGCCCCCUCCUCCUCAAGGCCAGGCCUCCCAGUCGCAGCCACAGCAGCCCCCUCCAGGCGGCAGCACCCUGCUGUCACUCACCCCUCCUCCGCCGCCUCCUCCACCUCCUCCCGCACCCUCGUCCAACGCCCCAAUGCAGCCCCACCACUUUCAGAACUUAGGGGGAUUUCAGCCGGCGUUGCUGCACCCAGGUGCCCCAGCCAACCCCUCAGUACCCCCCUCCUCGUACCCCCCGCCCCUACAGCAGACCGGACUGCCUCCACCUCCCCCUCCACCCCCACAACAGACUCAACAAGGCCAGCCUCAGGCCGCCGCCUCCCAGAUGCCUUCUGGGACUCGUGGAGCUCCUGCAUCCUCGACCCCUUUCCACAGCUCGGGGUACCUGAGCACAGGGUGGCACUGACCCCCCCCUCCUCCACCUCCUCCUCCACCGCCCCUGAGAACUCUUCCUGAGGGGGGCGCUGUACCAUAAGCUGUAGAUAUGUUUUCUAUGUACCUGAACACACGGCCAGUGGAAAAACAGUGGAUUGUGGAUGAAAAGGAUGCUUUUUAAGAAAACAAGAAAAACCCACGGACAGAAAAAUUUUAGCAAAGGACAUCAAAUAAUCUUCAAGAAAAACUGUAUAAAAAUGAAGAUGGACGAUCCCCUGCGGUGCUCAUAGCUCCCUCUCUCUGGCCUCUGUUUGUUUUUAUAUAACCUCCCUGUUAUGGAGAGAAAGCUUCGUUCGUUCUGUGUCUUGUUUGGACUCCCAUUGUAAGGCCCGCACUUUGUUUAUCAAUGGACAUUCCAGCCUAUAAACCCCCUCCCUCCCCGCUCCCUCCUUCCUCCUCUGAUUUCUCCUCCGUCAGUUAUUCCUUUUACUCCCUUUAUUCUCUCGUCUGUCGUCGGCUCUCUACACCAAUUUAUUUGUUUUAAUCUAGUGGCUCAUUAUAGCAAAAGAAGAAAGCUUUUUGUAUAGAGAAAAAAAACACAAUUAUUUUUUUUAUUCCUCUGUCUAACAACAAAUAUCUGUUCACCGCUGCAGAUUCAGAAAAAGACCCUGUUUCUGGGGGCCUGCCUCACCGACCUGGGAGGCUGCACUCGUAUGUUUGUGUCUGUGAAUGCCUGUGAGUGUGUGUGUGUAUGUGUGUGUGUGUGUUAGGUGUGGAGGAGAAUGGCUGCUUUAAGGAGGUGUGAGGUGUCGUGUAACGAGUGCUCAUAGUCCUCAGAGGUAGGAGGAGUGGUCUUGCCUACAGGUAGGAAGUUAGCGGUUUAUUUUUGAAUAUCAAUGGUUAUUUGUAGAAAGUGUAAUUUAAUGUAUAGGUGGUUACUCCAGCUUUCACCAAGAACAGGUUGUAAAUAAUCGCUUCUUUUCUUUUCUAUGCUUGUACAAUUGGCUCCCAUCCCAUUUUGAAAUAUGGUUGUACAUAUGAACGCUCUUCUUGGCAAAGCUGAAUGUUUCUGUGACUGUAGCAUUAUUUUUAUUUUAUUUACCCUCUCUCUCUCCUUCUCUCUCUCUCUUUCUCUCUCUCUCUGUCUCUCUGGACUCUUAAACUAUGUCUUUUUUUUAAUAUUUGUGUGUGUGAGUGUAUGUUUGUGUGGAGGGGAGAGACUCACAGACACUGCACUGGUUGGCUAUUUUCAUGGUUCAUUAUAAUAAAUCACUGUAAUGACAGUUUUAUACAA